UUACAAUCUUUGCUCUUUGCUGCUGUAACAAUGUAAAUUUCCCCAUUGUGGGAUAAAUAAAGUAUUCUCUUAAAUUAUCUUAUCUAAAUCUUACUUCAGAUACAGUAAAUGCCAAAUUAAGUCUCAAAUCUAAUCUUGUCUGAAAACAAAGACCUUUGACUCAAUUAAAAAGUGAUCCAAACACUAAUAAUUUAUACCAAUAGACAUUUUGGAGGAAUCUUACCGAAUAGAUUUUUCUGAGGUUCUUAGGAUCUCGAGGUGACAGCCCAGACUCACAGAGACGGUCGUCCCUUCUCCAAAGAUUUAAGUGAGAAACACAGCCAUACAGAGGUUCUACAAUGGGCCAAAGAAGGAGAGCAUCAGCUGUGAAUACCCCGUCAUCUCAGAGAGUCUCCGGAGCUCUUGGAGAUGUCGCCAGAGUCCCCCACAGGAAACACAAUAUCUGCAUGGUGUCCGACUUCUUCUAUCCAAAUAUGGGAGGAGUAGAAAGUCACAUUUACCAGCUCUCCCAUUGCUUGAUAGAAAAGGGACACAAAGUGGUAAUUGUCACCCAUGCCUAUGGGAACAGAAAGGGUGUCCGGUACCUCAGCAACGGACUGAAGGUCUACUACCUCCCCUUGCAGGUGAUGUACAACCAGUCCACAGCCACCAGCUGCUUCCACAGUCUCCCACUUCUGCGCUGCGUGUUUGUGAGGGAACGCAUCACUGUGGUGCACGCACACAGUUCAUUUUCCGCCAUGGGCCACGAUGCACUGUUCCACGCCAAGACCAUGGGCCUUAACACGGUGUUCACUGACCACUCGCUCUUCGGUUUUGCUGAUGUGAGCUCCGUGCUGACCAACAAGCUUCUGACCGUGUCCCUGUGUGAUACCAGCCACACUGUGUGCGUUUCGUACACGAGCAAAGAGAACACAGUGCUCCGUGCAGCACUCGACCCGGAGAUAGUUUCAGUUAUUCCCAACGCUGUUGACCCGACAGACUUCACCCCUGACCCAACCCAGCGCCAGGAAGACACCAUCACCAUUGUCGUGAUCAGCCGCCUUGUCUACCGCAAAGGAAUCGAUCUUCUCGGUGGAAUAAUCCCAGAGCUCUGCCUCAAACAUCCAGAUCUGCAUUUCCUGAUUGGUGGAGAGGGGCCGAAGAGAAUUGUGCUGGAGGAAGUGAGAGAGAAAUACCAACUUCAUGACAGGGUGCGUCUGCUGGGAGGCUUAGAGCAUAAAGAUGUCCGUGGAGUGCUCGUACAGGGGCACAUCUUCCUCAACACGUCUCUGACCGAAGCGUUCUGCAUGGCCAUCGUAGAAGGAGCCAGCUGCGGACUUCAGGUGGUAAGCACUCGUGUCGGGGGCAUUCCUGAGGUGUUACCUGACGACUUGAUCACCCUAUGUGAGCCGACGGUGCGCUCAUUAUGUGCGGGUCUGGAGACGGUCAUUGCCCGUCAACGUACGGGGUCUGUACCCUCCCCCGACUCCAUCCAUGCUCGGGUGCAAAACCUCUACACCUGGAAAAACGUCGCAGAGAGGACGGAAAAGGUGUACGACCGAGUGGCUGGAGAGGAAGUGCUCCCCCUCCCCAGGCGGUUGCAGAGGCUGAGGGCUCACUGCGGACCCGUCGCCGGCUCCAUCUUUGCAUUUGUGGCCGUUUUAGACUUUCUCUUCCUUCUGCUUCUACAGUGGUUAGUGCCAGAUCGCGUCAUGGACAUUGCGGUCGAUGCCACCGGCCCUGAGGGAUUGUGGAGGCAGAAAACAAGCGGUAAAGAAAGUGCCAUGAAGCAAGCAGCAGAAACACAGAUGCCAUCUUAGCCAUCACUACAUACUGCUUCUCUUCUAGCUCAUCUUUAUGGGUCGGACUGCUGAAUGCAGAAAGUUCUCAUAGUGACUUCUAAAAUUGUAAACAUGUAUCAAAGGGCACCUGGUUUAUAUUUAUUCAUUUAAGAAUUGAAAAUAAAGGGUUAUAUAUAUGAUAAAAAUAGAAACCUGUGGCAUUUAGCAGAGCUUUUAAAAAACACUUAAAUGUUUCAUGCACAGUUAUAAACUUCACUGAACAGGAGGAGUAAAAGGGCUGGUUAACUGCAAACUAACUGGGAAAAUAAACGCAGUAACCUAUUCUCUGUUCACAUGCAUACCUCAUUUAAAGCGACGUUUUUUAUUUGUAAUAAUCACAGUUUGUGCAGAACUCAACAUCUGUGUGAUUAUCUUGUCUUGAUUAAAUGGAUGACACCACUUUUUUUUAUAAUACUUUGAGAUGUUACAUAUUUAUCUGGCUACGUUCUGUUUUUUGGUUGAAUCCUGAAUGACGCCCGGACAAGCUGCUCUAGAAAAUAAAGCACAAUUUUUAUAAUCUUU